CCUGCUUUUGGGUGAGGAAUGCUUGUCACCUACACUUUUGUAGCUCCUACUCACCUCAACACAGUUUCCUUCCUCUGCUUUCUGUGGGAGAAGGAUAGAGUGGAGCUAAAGGGAUAGUUCGUAUGGACAAGCACGCCUGCAAGCUCUGCGUCCGCCGCUUCUCCAAUGGCCGCGCACUCGCUGGCCACAUGCGCUCUCACGUCAUCUUCGCUGCAGGCCCUCCGGCUCUGCCCCAGCUCCACCGGGACUCCUCCGCAUCCGUCUCCUCAGACCGGCCUGCAGCGACGCAAGAGGUAGUGGACGAGGUGGAGGAGGAGGAGAAGCAGGUGGGAGUCUCGUACGGCCUGCGCAUGAACCCCCGGAAGAGCUUUCGACUGGUAGAUCCCGAGUUCUCCUCCUCUUCCUCCUUCGCCGCCGUUGAGCCCGCCGGAUCCGGCGUCGUCGUCCAGGACCUGGAGAGCGAGACGGAGUCACCCCGUGGCCACCGCCGGCGAGCGAAGCGUCUCCGCCGGGACGCCGCCUCUCCGCUGGAUCCGGAGCCGGCGAGCUCUGUCUCGGAUGCGACCCCCGAGGAGGACGUCGCCCUUUGCCUCAUGAUGCUGUCCCGCGACUCCUGGGCCGAUGGCGUCGAGGAGGAGGUGGACCCCCGACCGCGGCCGCCGCCGCGAAGAGGGCGGAGCCGCUACCAGUGCGGGGCGUGCAAGAAGGUGUUCCGGUCGUACCAAGCUCUCGGUGGCCACCGGGCGAACCACAAGAAGACCAAUGGCUGCGUCCCGGCCGUCGAGCUCCGGACCUGCGAAGCCGACUCGGCCGACACCAAUCUCGAUGUCAAAGUCCACGAGUGUCCCUUCUGCUUCAGAGUCUUCAGCUCCGGCCAAGCUCUUGGCGGCCACAAGAGGUCGCAUUUCAUCACGUCCCCGCCCACAGUCACCGACAACUCGCCGACGUCAGUCCCUCCGCCGAGCAUGUCCCCUGUAACUGCUGCCACCAAGAGUGCCGGUAGCAUCGGCCUGAUCGAUCUUAACAUGCCGGCGCCGACGGACGACGACGUCGAACUGUCGGCGAUUUCCGGCAUGGAUUUCGUUGCCAAUCCCACAACGAACUGAAUUCACGCAUUCCACACGUCGAAACCAUGCAAUCUGAGCACUCCUACUAACUCCAGAGCAAGCAGGAGUCAGUGUCCAAGCUCGAGGCAGGAAUUGCAGAGACGGAGAAGCAAAUCAAAGGAAUUUGAGGAAACUAUGAAGCUUCAAAUCUUUAUUCAGCACUGAUAUUUUGGAUAAAGUUGGUGAUUUGGUGAUUCCUUUUCUUGUAAGCUUCUGUUCCUUUUUGCUUCAGAUGCAUUAAUUUACCUGAUUUUUUUCGUAUUUAA